AUGGCGAAGCAAUUCUCCAGUCUGCAAGAGGCGGUAUCGACUACGCUCGACAAGCUCCAGGACCUUGAAGCGUGGCGUACCGUGGUGGAGACGUCCAUGGGAUCUAUGGUGCAGCAGUCCCAGAGCGCGACGCAGCGGAUCCAGCACCUGGAGUCCCGACCGCCGCCACCACCGCCACCCCCACCGCCUCCGCCGUUGCCGCGGGUUCUACAACCUCCACCUCUCGGCGCGGCGCCCGCGACGCUUCCCCAACCCCCGCCUGGAUGGUUGGAUCUCAACACCGCUCCGCAGCUAUCGCCAUCUCCUGCGUCGAGCUCUAUGCUGCCCAAUGGGCACGGCCUUCCACACGAGCACCGGGAUGUGGGUGGUGGGAUCCUUGGAUUUCCACCACCGCUCCCGGUCACGGGUAUGCCUCUCACCAUUCCUUUACCUCAGCCGAUGGUUCACCCAGAUGCUGAUGGUUUUCAGUUACCGCGUUCCCCACCGAUACCCAAGGUUGAGUUUCCCAAAUUCUCUGGUGAUAAUCCUCGUUUGUGGCGUGACAAUUGCAACAUGUACUUCGAGGUGUAUGCGGUGCAUCCGGCCAUGAAGACGCGGUUCGCCAUCCUCAAUUUCAAGGGGGCCGCGGCGACCUGGAUGCAGACGGUGGAACGCCGGGCUCGGGUCACGGAUUGGCCAACUCUCUGUCAGCUCGUCUUGGACAAGUUCGACAAAGAUCAGUAUCAGAUUCAACUCAAGCGGCUGGAAUCUCUGAGGCAAACCGGGUCGGUUACAGAGUAUCAGACUGAAUUCGAGCAACUGUCUCACGGUAUUCUCCUCUAUAACCCUGCAUAUGAUGAUGUUAAUUUCGUGACUCGAUUUGUGGCCGGGUAA